AUGUCGGGUGUAAAGAAUGUUUUAUUCAACGAUGAUGAAAUGUUGGCUAUGGUUGAAGAUUUGCCAUCAGAUAAUAAUGAAAACACUGAUCUUGAAGAUGAUGAUGAAGUGGAUUUACUAACGAUACGUUCAAGAAUACGCGCUAGAGCCCAAUUCAAUAUGGAUCCUAAUGAAGCUGUGCUUCAAGAUCAGCUUGAAGACCUACCGGGUGAGGAAAUUUUAGACAAUCGUCCGGGAUGUAGCCAUUGGAAGAAAAAUAUACGCGAAGACGAAAAACAUCGCCAAUGGAAAGCUAAGGAUAGUGUUUCACAAAUUCCUGAAUUCUCAUUACCCGAGGGUCCUGUUCCUGGUCUGUUUGAAAGCUGCGUAACUACUACUGAUUUUUUCGUCAGUUUUCUUGAAGGUGCUCUUGAUAAUAUUGUUUAUCAGUCCAAUCUGUACGCCGUUCAGAAAAAUAAGUUACUAGAUUUGAAGAAAGGUGAACUACUGGCUUUCAUUGGUAUAAACUUCCUUAUGGGAUACCAUAAAUUACCAAGUUGGAGGCACUUCUGGAGUGAAAGUCAGGAUUUGGGAGUUUCCUUAGUGGGCAAAGCGAUGAGCCGUAAUAGGUUUGACGCUAUUUUGAGCAAUUUGCAUGUAAACGAUAACAGCUGUAUACCAAAAGAUAAUAAAGAUCGUCUUUUCAAACUUCGCCCAUUGAUUGAAUACUUGAAUGAAAAAUUCGGAACUGCCUACCAUGGAAGAAGACAACUCUCUGUUGACGAGUCAAUGAUUCUUUUCAAGGGCAGAAGUUCCAUGAAGCAAUAUAAUCCAAUGAAACCAGUAAAGAGGGGUUACAAGCUUUGGUGCCUGGCUGAUCAAUAUGGAUACAUAAAAAAAAUUUCCAUUUACCAAGGAAAGGACGAAAAGCUGGAAAACAAAUAUGCAACGUAUGGGCUCGGUGAAAGAGUUGUUCUGUCAUUGACUGAAAAGGAGUGGGGAAAAGAGAAAAUUAUUUGCUUCGAUAACUACUUUUCUUCAGUCAAACUGCUGGAAAAACUAAAAAAUGAAAAUACUCUAGCUUGUGGUACCAUUCGUGCUAAUAGAAGAGGCAACCCAACAAAUUUGAGGGAUGAAAGAAAAAUGAAAAGGGGAGAUUUCGACUACCGAUCUUCGACACAUGGAAUCAGUUUUUACAAAUGGAAAGACACAAAAACAGUACUGUUGGCUUCAAAUUACCAUGGCAAUGAGCUUACAACUGUUGCUAGAAGAGAUAAAUCAGGAGUGCAACACGAAGUCAGUUGUCCUACAGUCGUAAAAGACUAUAACACAUAUAUGGGUGGAGUGGACCAUGCUGAUCAACUUCGGGCUGCAUAUGGCCUAGACCAUAGGUCAAAAAAGUGGUGGCAUCGGCUCUUUUGGGGAAUUAUCGAAAUAUGUUUUGUUAACUUCUUUAUCGUUCACGGCCAAAUGAAUGAAAAAAUAUCUCUUCUGGAGUACAAAAGAUGUGUCACCCUUGGACUUUUAACGCAAAAGGAUUUACCUGUUGACAAACGGAGUCUGAGCAGAAAAUCUAAUAAUGACGAGCCUGCGCAAUGCACCAAAAAACGAAGGGGCAAAGGAGAAUCCGUUUCAAAGGACGUGCGACUGGGAAACCUAGCCCAACGGUACUUUUGA